CACUGCACGCAACACACGAAACCGAACUUACGCGCGUGUGUUUUGUUUUUAUUUUUUUAAACGUGUUCUAAAGUGGUGUACCAUGUUGCGUAAGAGUGUCUUUUUUGUUUUGUUCGGUUGUGCGCUGGCGUUCCCACAGCAAUACCAGCAGCAGUACCAACAUCAGCAGCAAGAAGCUGAAGGCAUUCCCCCUCACCUAUUGAGGCAGUACUUGGGACAACAGCACCAGCAGCCAUCACCGCAGGCCACACAGAUCCUCACGCGGCCACUGAACGUCGCCACUCCUGCGCGCCUGCCCUACAACAUCCAACAAGAGCAGCAGCAGUACCAGCCCCAGCCCCAACCCCAGUACCAGCCGGCGCCCCAACCCCAGUACAGGCCGCAACCGGCGCCCCAGUACAGACCUCAACCCCAGGCGCAGGCCGCGCGCGACCCUCAGGAGGAUUAUGACCCCAACCCUUCAUACCAGUUCGGUUUCGACGUGAACGACGACCAGUACACCAACUACCAGAACCGCAAGGAGCAGCGAGACGGUGACGUCAUCAAGGGGUCCUACUCUGUGGUCGACAGUGAUGGCUUCAUCAGAACUGUUACUUACACCGCCGACCCGAAAGAAGGUUUUAAGGCUGAGGUUUCACGGCAACCGACCGACAUUGUGGUGAAAAUCCCCACGCCGAAGCCGCAAACUCUUCAGCACCAGCAGCCUCAGCAGGUUCAACACCAGCACCAACACCAGCCGCAGCAGCAACAGGCACCUCAAUACUACCGUUACCAACAAUAAAAAACCUUUUUUAAAGUGAAGCCGAAGAAAACAAAGCCACAGAGAGAUUCAGCGGCGUUUCAAAAAGGAACGCAUGUGACAUUAUGAACUCACAAAAUCAUUCCUAAUUUAAAAUUAUGUUUCCUUUGGCUUCCGAUAUAAAUUAUACUGGCCGUAGUAACAAAAUCUUUAGUUAACUUUUUAAGCACGCAAGGUUUUGUCACAAUGGUCGUUAGUCCUUCCUAUUUACAUAAUAGAAUACUACAUACCUACUUACCUAGAUUUUGAAUAUUCAUAAUUUUUGUAGGUAAAUUAAUCUGUUGGAUUUUAGACAUGAAUGUGAAUAAGUUCUUAUUUAUGUAAAAUGUACUUAAGUAAGUAUACUCGAUUUAAGAAAAUCUGAUUCUUAAAAUACAGCACUUCUACUUUAGUGCAAUUUUCUUAAAAUUUAUUGUAUUUAAAAUAUUGUGAUAUAAAAUAGGCUAUCGUCAUGUAAAACAAAGUCACAUUUAAGCAGGUACCUACCCAAUAACUUCAGUACCUUGAGAAGUCUGACUGUUUGUAGAGAAGUUAAAAAUAAAUAAAAUAUAAAAUA